AUGAGAAGAAACUUAUUUUAGAGAGAAAUCCUUAAAUGUAAUUCCGUUUCAAAUGGUACUUUAUAGCAAAAUAAACAUUUAGAUGUCGAUGAUUAACUUAGAAGAAAACCAAUAAUAAUGGAAUAAUAAUUAGAUCUAGAGUGGAUGAAAAUCUUUUUUCCUAUUAAAAAUAAGUAACAGUCUGAUUUGAAGAUAUUUAUCAAAUAAAUUAAAGCUGUAUCUUAUACAGUUUAUAAUAAACAUAAAUAUCAAUUGAAAUAUCGAUAAAAAUAAUUGAAAAGAAAACAAACUAUUUAAAUUGCUUAUCUGAUGAUAAGGAAAAGAGAAAAUUAAGGAAAUUAAUAAUAAAAAGGGGGUUUUAAGUAAAUUCAAUUAAAAAUUAUAUAUAAAAAUAUAAUAUAUUAAUUUAUUUUUUAUUUUCUUCUUAUAAAUUUUUAUAUAUUAGAAAAUAAAUAUUUUUGUUUGAUUUACAGUUAAUACAAUAAAAAUAAAUGUCAGAAAUUUAAUAUUAAUAAGCAAACAGCUCAAAAUUAGAUUAAGAAACAGCUACCAAUGCUACAACUCAUUUAUUAUUAGUUAAUUUAAUAAGAUAUUAACAUUGUUAGAAUAUUAUAGAGCUGUCUAAUGAAUUGCUAUAAAGCUAUAAACAUGAGAUUGAUCAAUUAAAAUUGGAGUUACAUUUGA